AUGGCGUUGUUAGUACUUAGAGGCGCAGUUGGCACCCACUUGCAUACAACGAACGGGCCAACGUGGCUGACAAAGGCACAUCGACAUACAAUUGAGGCCUCACUUGAGGUCAAAGAGCCGAAGAAAUUCUUUCAAGCCACUCACACAUACUCUGUUAUUGGCGAUCAUGACGAGGUCUUGCGAGUCGAGCGACGGUUGCGCGCCCGAAAAACAGUCGUUCGAAAGUUGGGCCGGUCCUGCACUUUGCAUGAACACCGACCGUUUCUCCCGGUCUACAAGGACUCCAUUCCACCCGGCUUUCACAGCACCGACAAAAUCUUCUUCAUAAUGGUCGCCCACGUGCCACGCACGUUCCAAAAAAUCUGUUGCCGUGAUGUUUGGGUCUUGCUGUUGAAGCGCCUUCAAGUGUUUCUGGGCAGCGCGCGCGAAAAACCUACGGUCGGGCUUGGCGUGGCCCACAUCGUAGGAAAUAUGCACCGACUCGAAAUAUCUCGCCAAGCCAAAGCUCUGCAAAAUCCCAAGCACGCGGUCGUCCGAGUUUGUGGCGGCUAUCAUUUUGAUCCCGUUCCGCGACAACGUCUCCAAGACGGGCAAAACGUCGUCGUACAAAUAGUACGCUUCGCUCGAACCAAAGUGCGCGAGAAGGCGGUCGCAGAGGCGCCGCGACUCGUUGUUCUGGGUGAAGUGCGGAAUAUCGUAGAGCCGCACUAUAAGCUCGGCCCACCAGUCGUUGGUCGAGUGGAUUUCCCCACUGUACUUGCCGUAGUUGGGAUAUUUUUGCACCAUGUCCCGGUACACCAUGGGGAAUUUUUCUUCGAUGCUUUCAAGCGAGAGCGGUAG